CCAGACACCAGCGAUGAAUAAAUGAUGCUCACUCGCAGCCUGCGACCACACCGCCACCGUCGAGCGCCAGCUGGCCAGGGGACCGUCUCCGGGCCUCCAAGCAUCGCUGGGCUCCCGGACCCGCGGCCCUGAUCAGCGGGCGGCGCGAAGAUGGUGGCCGGGAGGCGGCCGGGCGCGGGGCCCCUCUGGGCGCUGGGCGGCGCUGCUCUGGGGGUCUGCCUCGCGGGGGUCGCUGGGCAACUGGUGGAGCCCAGCACGGCUCCGCCCAAGCCCAAGCCACCCCCGUUGACCAAGGAGACGGUGGUGUUCUGGGACAUGCGCCUGUGGCACGUCGUGGGCAUCUUCUCGCUCUUCGUCUUGUCCAUCAUUAUCACCCUGUGCUGCGUUUUCAACUGCCGCGUGCCGCGGACCCGGAAGGAGAUCGAGGCCCGGUACCUGCAGCGCAAGGCGGCCAAGAUGUACACCGACAAGCUGGAGACGGUGCCGCCCCUUGAUGAGCUCACAGAAGUCCCUGGAGGUGAUAAGAAGAAAAAGAAAAAGGACACUGUGGACACAGUGGCCAUCAAGGUAGAGGAGGACGAGAAGAACGAAGCCAAGAGCAAAGGAUAGAAAUGGGGAAGGCCUCCUGGAGGCGGCAGCCGGGCCUGGCAGGCCUGGGGCUCGGGUCCUGGCCGGGGCCCGGGUGUCUUGGACCGCAAGCUCAUCCACGGACCCCAGAGGUUGUAGAGCAUCCUCUCUCUGUUCAGAGGGAGUUGCUGAGGCCCGUGGCCACGUCCUGAUGGCCCAUCACGGGCAGGGACGAGACCGCUGGUGUCCUGCCCCCCAGCCCGGACUCCGCUGCUUUCACACCGUCCUCCUGGCCGUGCGGCAAUGUCGGUCUAGGGUCACCGCCCCUCUGCAGGUCCAGAGCAGCCUCCCCUUGCCCCCGCCCCCAGACAUGGCUCCGUCCCACCCUUUGGCCAGAGCAGCAGUGGCUCCAGAGGGGCGAUGGGAGGUGGGUUCGCUCCGGGAAAGACUCCUGGACCGGAUGCAUGCCGGAAGCUGCGGCAGCAGGAGGUUCUCAGACUUGGCUGGAUAGCAGCCCUGGGGCCGAGGGGUCUGGCCCGAGCCUCGAGGGGGUCCUGGCCUGGUGGGGUGAGCAGAGGUGGCCAGAAGCAGGAGCACCCCCAGCCCAGCCAGCCGAGCUCCCGGCGAAGGCAUGCACUCACUCUACACGUUGUCAUGGAGCUGAGGCUGCUGGGAGGCCGAGAGGAGGGGCCAGGGCUGCCGGGUCGGGGGGCAGUCACGGACACAGAAGGCCGAGGCCAGCGGGCCAGGGGCAGGAGGGAAGAGAGCUGGCACCUGGGCCCCAUCCUAGGAAUCCAGGGAACAUUUGAGCAGUCCGGGGCAGGGGUGGCCCUCAGGCUGCUUUCGGACCCUAUCUCUGCUCAGCUGUGGCAGAAGGGCUCAGGGCCCCCAAAGGGGGCAGCUAGGGGUGGAGGCGGCUCCUUCUUCUGUGAAGCAUUCUCAGCAACAGUGCCUAGAAGGGGCACUGCUGACCGGAAGGCACGAGGGCCCCGGGAGACGGCCCCCAGGGAGGAGAGGCGCACAGAGGGGCUGCCGGGGCGGGGAGCAGUUGCUGCAGCCUCCAGACCUGGGACUGGAGAGAGGAGAGACCAGAGGUCUCGGAGCCAGGGGAGCUGCUGGGAAAGCCCCCGCUGCCCUGCACCCCCCGCACAGGUCUGUAAAUAAAGCUCAG